AUGGCGGCGCUGUUCGGUGGAGUGGAGGGAGGGGGCACCCACUCCACGGUGGUGCUGGUGUCCGGAGAUGGGCAAAUCCUGGCCGAGAGCGAGGGACCCUGCACCAACCACUGGCUCAUCGGCUCCGAGGAAUGCCUGCGGAGGAUCGAGCGCAUGGUCAGCGAGGCCAAGAGCAAAGCGGGGGCUGACCCCGAGGUGCCCCUGCGCUCCCUGGGGCUGUCUCUGAGCGGGGGUGACCAGCCCGAGGCGCUGGCGGCCAUGACCCAGGAGCUGCAGCGGCGAUUCCCGCACCUGAGCCUGAGCUACAGCGUCAGCAGCGACGCGCUGGGAGCCAUGGCCACGGCCAGCGACCGGGGUGGCAUCGUGCUCAUUUCGGGUACGGGCUCCAACUGCAAACUCAUCAAUCCCGACGGAUCCGAGACGGGAUGUGGGGGAUGGGGUCACAUGAUGGGGGAUGAAGGCUCCGCGUUCUGGAUCGCCCACCAAGCCCUCAAGGCCGUUUUUGACUCCCUGGACAAUCUGGGGGCGCAGCCCCACGACAUCGGCUACGUGCGGGGGGCCAUGCUGGAAUACUUCCAGAUCUCGGACAGGACGGGGCUCCUGCCCCACCUGUACCGCACCUUCCAGAAGGACAAAUUCGCGGGGUUCUGUCAGAGGCUGGCCCUGGGUGCCCAGGUCGGUGACCCCCUGUGCUGUCACAUCUUCACCAAAGCUGGCGAGUUCCUGGCGCGUCACGCGGUGGCCGUGCUGCCCAAAAUCCACCAGAGCCUGUUCCUGGGCGAGCUGGGGCUGCCCAUCCUGUGCGUGGGCUCGGUGUGGAACAGCUGGGAUCACCUGCGGCCGGGGUUCAUCCGGGUGCUGGAGCAGGCGCGGGCCGAGGCUGCGGGCGCGGAGUUCUCGCGGUUCAGCCUGCUGAAGCUGAAGCGCUCCUCGGCGCUGGGGGCAGCGCGGCUGGGAGCCAGGAAUGUGGGAACGGCGCUGCCGCUGGAUCCCGCCGGGAACGUCCACGUGUUCUACACGCACCGCUUCUGAGCCCGCCCAACCGAAAACCCCA